AUGGGUAAAGGUAAGUAUUUCUGGGACAACCCACGAAAAGUAGGCAGUCUAGUCACUGGCCAAAAUGGUAAAAAAUUCUACCGGGGGCCAGGUUACAAAAUCAGCAACUACAUCACACACGAUCGUCUGAAGAGUCGAAGCUUCAUUAAAGGAGAUGAUGCCAUCUUCCUCCUCUCCCUUGAAGAUGUGACUGGACUUUUGAAGACCAAGAGACCAAAAAUCAAAGACCUGCAAUUAGAGAUUGAUGACCGUGAGGCAGAGGAGGAUCCAAAGAGACAGAUGAACCCCAGAGUCCUGGGACCAUGGACUAAAAGAUCCCCAUGAGAUGCAGCAUACAUCAAGAAGCCUAAAUGGAGAGAGAGAGAGAGAGAGAGAGAGAGAGAGAGAGAGAGAGAGAGA